AUGUUUCCAGAAACAAGUACAUCAGCUAUUACACAGGCUAUUUCAAAUGCCCAGAAUCUACAAGGUGCAAUUGACCGUCUGCUGGCUGCAAAUAGGAGAGAUAUAAAAGGUAUUUAUCAUAUAUUAAAGUUGUUUAACGUUACUUUGUUUCAAAAGUAUAUUGUCUAUAUUUUUCAGUUUUUGAGCACCUUUUUGGUGCCUUUGAGGGCAUUACAUUUUGUAACCUUUAUGAGUACAUUAGUGUGAUUGAUUGAAUUAAAUUGCAAAGGUUAACUCAAUUUAUUUCCUGGAAAUAACAUUCAAUUUGCAGGCUUGCAUUUGAUUUUUUUUUAUUACACGUAAUUUUUUCUUUGCUUUGUUUUUGGGGUAUGGUAAUAUGUGCUGAUGAAUUUGAAGCAAGGGAAACAAAAAAGAAACUGAAAUAAAACUAAUACAUAUGCUCUUGUCUUGGCUUGAAAUUAUUUGUGGAAGUCAUUCUUUUGUAUCUCUGACUAUAACAGAUGGAAAACAUAUGAUCGCUGAAUUAACUGGUUAGUUGAGUCAAGCCACAGAAUAUCUUUGUACUGGAGCUAUGUUAUUUUGAAUUUUAAUGAAAUAAGGGUUUCUAUUUUCAGAUCAUGAUCGCCAAAUGGAUGCAGUCAAUACCACUUCUUCAGCUCUUCCAGGUUGGUGUUUCUAAAGUCACACUAAAAAACAUAUUGCAUUUAUUCAAAUCAGCAUGCUGGGGCGGAUUUAAAUGCUGGAACCUUGAGUGGGCACUUAUUGUAAGUUGGUAGGCACCUUCUAAAGGGUUUGUAUACAUCUUGAAAAGCUUAGGAAAUCAUUGAAUUCUUAUGGUCCUUUUUCAAGGCCUUAAAAGUCCUUGAUAAUUUAUUCCCAGGUCGAAUGGGAAUGAUGAGGAGGAGUGCCAGAGAAAAAAAGGAGUAGUUCAUGGGAGGUCAUAACAUAAGGAGCCUGAGGAGAAGCUCGGUAAAGUGAAGAAUGCCCUGUGGAGGAUGGUUCAAUAACAUUUUACUCUUUUACUUAAUUUUGGGAAAGCUUCAUCUAGUGCAUUUGGAACCUGUAUAAUAACCUGUAUAAUAACUUAGGACUUUAAAUUAAAAAAUAUUGUCCUUGAACUUUUACUCUGAAGAAGUGUAUGAUCCCUGUGUUUACAGCAUAGUUAAGUGCUUAAUGGAAUACAGUACUUGAAAAAUUGUGGCAAUUAUAUUCCCAAGUUAUCCAAUAAUAUCUCUGAUGAGACUGAAAUGAAAAGGACUCAGAGUACAUUCCCUCAUUGAAUAACAUACUUUGUUAAUUGUUGAGAAUAGAAUAUUUUAUUAUUCAGUUAUGCCUGAAACAACACAACAGGUAUUGAUGCUGACUGAAUUGGGAUGACAAAACAGUAACUGAAUUCAUACUUUGUUUGUCCUUCAUAUAGUUAACGUUUUCCAAGAACACUUCCUUCUCAUUAAUAAUUGCAGGCACCCAGGUCAGUGAGACCAGUAUCCAUCCACUCACUGUUGCAGAAAGCUAUUCUCUUAACAUGUGCCAUUUGGAUCCAUAUGAUGCCAUUAAGCUGCACAAAUCAAGAGUCUUGUCAUUAGGCACUCAGGAAAUUCUCAUCAACCACCAAUGUGGCAUCAUGUUACGAGAUCUUUUCAAAAAGUUCAAGAGGGAUGAUCUGGACAUAAAGAAGGUCCCAGAUGUCACUUUUGUCGGUGAAGAAGGGAUUGAUGCCGAGGGCUUGACCAAAGAGUUCUUCACCUUGGUAAUGAAUGCUUUGACUAGUGGCACUGGGGGCUACAUAAUGUCCGAAGGAGGAAGUGACCACCUGGUGCCAGUCAUCAGUGAAGAGUAUCAUCAAAGUGGUUACUUCAGAUUCGUGGGAUAG